AUGGGGUUAGAAAUUGUAGAGCCAAACUCCUGCAUUAGAGGGUGCUGUACUAGCAAUUCAAUCCCACUUUACCUCCCUCGUUCUUCUUACACCCUCCUCUCUCCAAUUGCCAAAGGGGCUGAGAGUGUGGUUUACGAAGCUAUUUUGGAUGGGAGAAAAGUUGCUGUUAAAAAACCAAUCUUGUCUACUUCUGAGGAUAUUGAUAAAUUUCACAAGGAGCUUCAACUCUUAUGCAAGCUAGAUCAUCCUGGAAUAGCCAAGCUGGUUGCAGCUCAUGCAAAGCCUCCAAAUUAUAUGUUCUUUUUGAAUUCUAUGAAUCUGGUGCUCAUGAUCACAGUCCAGUUGGCAAAGGCUUUGCAAUAUCUGCAUAACCAUGAGAUUGUCCAUAGGGAUGUGAAACCAGCAAACGUUCUUCUUGAUAAAAACCUUUGUCCAUACUUAGCGGACUUUGGUUUGGCAGAAUACCAGAAGAAUCUUAAAGGAGUUUCUUUUGAAAACUGGAGAUCAUCAGGAAAGCCAACCGGUGGUUUCCAUAAAAAGAAUAUGGUUGGCACACUCAUUUAUAUGGCUCCAGAAAUAUUGAGGAAGGAGAUACACACAGAAAAAUCAGAUGUCUAUAGUUUUGGAAUAUCCAUGAAUGAGCUUCUUACCGGUGUUGUCCCAUAUACCGAUCUUCGCGCAGAAGCUCAGGCCCACACUGUACUGGAGAUGAACUAUUCUGAGCAGCAACUCACAGCAGCCGUGGUGUCUGAUAAAUUACGACCUGCUCUUGCUGGUCCUGGUUCAGGUGCUUCGGCAAGCAUAAUUUCAUUAAUGCAGAGGUGUUGGGAUGACAACCCUCAAAAUAGGCCUUCUUUUGCUGAUAUACUGUUGGAACUUGAUCCAAUUUUGGAGAGCAGAAAGAAAUCAAUUGAAAAAGAUUUGGUCCUUGACAAAUAUUCUAUUGCACAUGGAGAUCAACUAGCAGAUAGUGCCAACAAUCUUAGAACAUACCAGGAGAUUACUAAUUGGUCCACUCAGGGAGAAGUUCUAUCAAAGAGAUCUGCAGUAGAUUCCAGUUUGAGAAUUUGGCUUGAUUCUUCAAAUGUUGGUCUGGCUUAUCAUCCAAUACUUUCCUGGGGAUCCUUUGCCACAUGCGGUAAAAGGGAGACUAUGGAGGAUACACACUUCCUUUUGCCUCACCUGUGCAACGAAAAGGAUAUUCAUGCUUUUGGUAUCUUUGAUGGUCAUAGAGGUGCAGCAGCUGCUGAGUUUUCCGCUCAAGCAAUACCGGGGUUUCUGCAAAGUAUAGGUUCUGCUAGCAGCCCCGACACCGCAUUAAUUGAAGCAUUUGUGAGUACAGAUGUUGCAUUCAGAAAUGAACUGGAUGCUCAUUGUAAAUCCAGGAAAGUUGUUCAGAAAGACUGGCAUCCUGGCUGCACUGCUAUUGUUGCUUUAAUAGUAACAAACAAGCUUUUUGUUGCAAAUGCUGGUGAUUGCAAGACAAUUUUGUGUCGAGCUGGCAAAGCCUUUCCUCUAAGUAAGGAUCAUGUUGCAAGCUGCAUUGAGGAGAGGGAGCGUGUGCUUAGUGCCGGGGGCCAAGUUAAAUGGCAAGUUGAUACUUGGAGGGUUGGAAAUGCUGCACUCCAGGUCACUCGAUCCAUCGGUGAUGAUGAUCUGAAGCCUGCUGUAACUGCAGAACCUGAGAUAAUAGAAACUGUACUGUCAGCAGAAGAUGAAUUCCUGGUGAUGGCCAGCGAUGGACUUUGGGAUGUUAUGAGCAGUGCAGAUGUCAUAAGAAUAAUCAAGGACACUGUCAAAGAACCUGGUAUGUGCUCCAAGAGAUUGGCAACAGAAGCUGCAGAACGAGGCAGCAAAGACAAUAUUACAGUCAUUGUCGUCUUCCUGCGCCCAGUAUCGACAGCUGAGAGAAUUUAUUAG